UUUUUUGUCAAGCAGAGCACAUCAUGAUUUACACUGAAGUUAUUUCGUUUGAGUUGAAUGGAGUGCAAAUCAAAACCACCGUGACCAAUGAAGUAAAAGUGCUCGAUGAACACAUAUCGUCUUUUUUACAAUCUACCGACAAUCACAGAACUAAGGUUAUCGGUUUUGAUAUGGAGUGGCGUCCGCCUUUCAUGUUGGAGCCUGCAAUCUUUCAACUUUGUGAUGGUAAUUCAUGUCUUAUUUUCCACUUACAUCCUAAGAUUUCGGUUCCUCUUUCACUCCGUAAUUUUCUUCGUCAGCCAAAUUAUACCUUUGUUGGUUGCGGUAUUAAAGAUGAUUUUGAGUACUUGAAGAAACACAGUGGCAUUGGAUGCAAAAAUGCUGUAGAACUUGGGACCUUGGCUGCUACUCUGAUGGAUAAACCUCAUUUAGGUUUUUGCGGCGUUGAUGAGCUAGCAUUUGUGGUCAAUAAACUCGAUCUUCACAAAUACAGGCCUUUAAACUUGGCUUUUGAUUGGGAUAGUUAUCCGCUCAGGGAAGAACUUGCUAAGCUUGCUACUGUUAAUGUUUACUCUUAUCAUAAGAUUGGAAGUGCAUUGUUUGAAAGGUACUCUCGAGAUAAAACUCAAAAGGACAGCAACGGAAGUGAAGUUACUGUCAAAAAGUACUCUCGAGAUUUCCUUUUAAAAUUUGCAGAGCAGUUCUCUGAGGUUCCCGAAGGGUUUGAAACAACGGCAGACAUAGCUGAAGCUUUGAUGGUUUUGAAUAUUGGUUCACGUGUUAUGGGACGCGACACACAUCCUUUUCCUGGAAGAAAUACAGAUAGGUCAGGUGGGAUGUCUCGUAUAGAUUGUCGUGGGAGUGGUGUUAUCGAGGAUGAUAAACGGAGUAAAGUUCCUGGUGCCUUUCAUUAUGAUAAUGGUAAUGUAGGUAAUACAGGAUUCCGACCUGCACGUGGUGGAAAUGCUGGUGUUUUAAGGAAUCCACACCCACAAGGAACUGUGCAGUAUGGUGGAGGGAUUCUUUCUGGGCCAAAGGUGGGUAUGAUGACAGAUGAGAAGAAGUAUGAGGUUGGUAUGGUGACAGAUGAGGAACAGGCAAAGCAGAGACAGUUGAAAGGUAUAUUGAACAAAUUAACUCCCCAGAAUUUUGAGAAGCUUUUUGAGCAGGUUAAAGCAGUUAAUAUUGAUAAUGUAGUCACUCUCACUGGUUUCGUCUCCAAAAUCUUUGAGAAGGCCUUGAUGAAACCCACUUUCUGUGAAAUGUAUGCCAAUUUAUGUUUUCAUCUGGCAGCUGCGUUACCUGAUCUCAGUCAAGACAAUGAAAAGAUAACAUUUAUGAGAUUAUUGUUAAAUAAGUGCCAGGAAGAAUUUGAGAGGGGUGAGAGAGAGCAAGAAGAAGCUAAUAAAGCUGAUGAGGGUGAGGUGAAACAGUCUGAUGAGGAAAGAGAAGCAAAACGAUCCAAGGCCAGAAGACGAAUGUUGGGUAAUAUCCGGUUAAUUGGAGAACUAUAUAAGAAGAAAAUGCUGACAGAGAGAAUAAUGCACGAGUGCAUAAAAAAGUUACUUGGUCAGUGUCAGAAUCCGGAUGAAGAAGACAUCGAAGCGUUGUGCAAACUGAUGAGUACUAUUGGGGAGUUGAUUGACCACCCCAAAGCCAAGGAACAUAUAGAUGUAUAUUUUGAAAGAAUUAAAUUAUUAUCAAACAACAUGAAUUUGUCUUCUAGGGUGAGGUUCAUGUUAAAGGAUACCAUUGAUUUGAGAAAGAAUAGAUGGCAACAAACGAGAAAAGUUGAGGGGCCAAAAAAGAUUGAAGAGGUGCACCGGGAUGCUUCCCAAGAGAGGCAAUCCCAAGCUGGUAGGCUGGGUUGUGGUAUGGGUAUUAGUACACCAAGAAGGACCACCCCUACGGAUUUUGGUUCAAGAGGUUCAUCUAUGUUAUUCCCUUCUAAUGCUCAGAUGGGUGGAUUGCCUAAUCAAAUGCGUGGGUAUGGUUCUCAGGAUGUUCGUGGGUAUGAAAGGCAAUCUUAUGAGGCUAGGCCGCUAUCUAUUCCCUUGCUUCAAAGAUCUUCAGGUGAUGAGGUAAUAACCUUGGGACCCCAAGGUGGUCUUGCUAGAGGAAUUUCUAGCAGAGUUCCAGCUGCUGUUUCCAGUUUCGGUGGUCCUAAUGGUUACAGUAAUUUAUCAGAGCGCGCUUCAUACACCCCUAGGGAGGACCUCACACCAAGAUAUGUUCCGAAUAGAUUUGCUGGUCCAACUGCUUAUGAUCAAUCAAGUGCUCCAGAGCAUAGUGUGAAUUACGGUAAUAGGGAUUUGGGAAGUGCAGAUAGGUUUCUUGAUAGACCUGUUGUAAAUCCACCUCCUGCCCGAGCACAAGAGACUGCACUCUCCCAGAAUACCUCUUUUGAAAAGGGUUUGUCAGAAGAGAAACUACAGAAGAUGUCCAUGGCAGCAAUUAAAGAAUACUAUAGUGCUAGAGAUGUAAACGAAGUUGUUUUGUGCGUCAAAGAUCUGAACUCUCCAAGCUUUCAUCCUUCCAUGGUUUAUCAUUGGGUCACAGAUUCAUUUGAGAGAAAGGACACAGAGAGAGAUCUUUUGGCCAAACUGCUGAUCGACCUUGUGAAAUCUCAUGACUGUACCUUAAGUCAACCCCAGCUCAUUAAAGGGUUGGAAUCUGUUCUAAGUACUCUGGAAGAUUUUGUUACGGAUGCCCCAAGAGCACCGGAGUAUCUUGGUCGCAUUUUUGCCAAAGCUAUAACAGAGCAUGUAGCCUCUUUGAAAGAGAUUGGGCUGUUAAUACGUGACGGCGGAGAGGAAUCAAGUAGCCGCUUACAAUUUGGACUUGCAGCUGACAUUCUCGGAAGUACCUUGGAAGUGAUACAAACAGAGAAGGGUGAUGCUUUCUUGAAUGAGAUCCAGACAAGCUCCAACUUGCAAUUGAAGACCUUCUGUCCGCCAGAACCUAUUAAAUCCCGGAAGCUAGAAAAAUUCCUUUAGGGGAUAGAAAUGGUGAAAUUUUGUUCUUGUCUUCGUGCUUUUAGAAUACUCGAACUUGCAAAAAUACUUUCCUUUGUGGGAGUAGUGGUUGGGAGAAUUUUAUCCUUGGAUUUCUGUCUAAAUAAUAUCUUCACUGCAGUUAUGAAAAUUGAAAGGCACAUUUAAGCAUCAGAAAUUUAAGGCUGAGAUAUAUAAUGUUUGUCAUGAGGGGUUUAAUUUUCUUAAAACAAGUAUUGUAUCAUUCAUCUCUGUCAAUGAAAAUAUUAUGACUUA